CAAGUUUCCAAACAGAGGGUCUCAAUCAUUCAGUCACAGUUUUCGCAUUUGUUCUUUCCACGUCAUGGCCUCUUCAGCUCACAAGCAACAUCAACUCAUACCAAACCUAUACGGCGGCGCCACCUCAGCUCCGCCGCCAACACCGUCGACCCACCCUAACAAUCUCCUCUCAACUUCUGACGCCGCCGACGCUCUCUCGCGUCUCCUCCACCGCCUACCACCUAAUCUCUCCCUCCCCACCCGCCGCUCCUCCUCCUCCGCCGCCGCCACGUGUCCUCCCUCCCUUUCCCUUUCCUCUCAAACCCCGAACGAUAUCCUCUCCUCCGUUUCGCAACUCGGUUUCGCCCAACUCACCGAUCACUCCGUUCCCUCCGAACUCGCCAACUCGGCCGAGUCAGAAGCGCUCGCUCUCUUCGACCUUUCUCGGGACCAGAAGGAAUCGUUCUUCCCCAUGAACUGGCCUCUGGGUUACGAAGGCGGUGGCGGCGACGACAACGACGAAGAUGAUGGAGGAGACGGACUCGCUGAGUCGUUCCGUCUGGACUCGUCGUGUUCGACCGAGUCGAGCGAGUUGGCACUAGCUUCUCUGCGCGAGUUCACACGUGCCCUGGAGAAGCUGGGGCUGAAUAUCAUUGAUGGGUUAACGAAGGCCUUGGGGUUCGAGAACCCAGUGGGGAAUGACCCGACCCGGUUCUGGUCGGUGAUGUGGGUCUCGGAGUGCCCGUCAGGAACCAGACCCGGCAUGUCGGGUGGGUUUUACCCAUUCAUAGUCGGGUUGCAGUACCAGAUAAGGUGUCAGAAAUACUCGUUGCUGUCGGAUUCAGGAUGGGUUUCCGUGUUGCCACACGUGGACUCGAUCUUGGUCACUGUUGGCGAUAUUGCUCAGGUGUGGAGCAAUGGGAAGUUAAAGAAAGUGAGAGGCAGAGCAAUAACCACGGUGGGAGAUGAAAAUGUCUCACGGUGCAUAACAAUGUCAUUGCUGAUAACUCUUCCUACAGAGAGCAGGGUCGCUCCGCUCCUUGGCAGCAGCAACAAGGACCAAAAGGAAGAAGAUGAAGAAGAAGGAGAGGGGAGGGUGUUCAACACUUUUGAUUUUGAGGACUAUGCAUGGAGAGUCUACCAUGAACGCCUUCAUUUCAAAGAUCCACUUGAUAGGUACCGUGUUACUUAAAAGUUGGAGGUCUCUGUCUCUCUCUCACCUGCUGAUGAUGUAAUACUGUUAUUUUUUAUUCUUUUUCUUUUUCUUUUUCAAGCCAUGUGUGAGUUUGUGUGAGAUUUAAUUGUCAUCUUAUAAUGUAUUGGGUUGGGUUCACUCUUAUGUGAAGGCCCAUUUUUAAUACUUCUCAAGUCCACAACCCAUUUGACAAAUGUUAGCCCCGUAAGCUGAAUGAGAGGAUGAGAUGUGUAAGCUCUAUUUAUUUAUUGGAUUGAUUUUGAAGAGUUUAAAUCAAUGUUUUAAAACUCA